GUGCGGCGGGGGUUGCGCUUCCGGCGUUUUGCGCGGCGACGGGCGGCUCCGAGGGGCGUCGGGGGCCGCCGCGGGGCCUCGCCAGACCCGCCGCGGCCCGGCCUGGCCCGGCCCGCAGCGUUAAAAAAAAAUAAAUAAAGUCCUCUUUAUGAAACUGAUCCUCAGUCAAGUGCAACUUUUGAUGUCUGGUCACUAAAGCCCCCCACUAUGCCAGCAGCUACCGUAGACCAUAGCCAAAGAAUCUGUGAAGUUUGGGCUUGUAACUUGGAUGAAGAGAUGAAGAAAAUCCGUCAAGUUAUACGGAAGUAUAACUAUGUAGCUAUGGAUACAGAGUUUCCGGGAGUAGUUGCAAGGCCUAUUGGAGAAUUCAGAAGCAACGCAGACUAUCAGUACCAAUUAUUACGCUGCAAUGUAGACUUGCUAAAAAUAAUUCAACUAGGACUGACGUUUAUGAAUGAGCAAGGCGAAUACCCUCCAGGAACUUCGACUUGGCAAUUUAAUUUUAAAUUUAAUUUAACAGAAGAUAUGUAUGCCCAGGACUCUAUCGAACUGUUGACGACAUCUGGUAUCCAGUUUAAAAAGCAUGAGGAAGAAGGAAUUGAGACACAGUACUUUGCAGAACUGCUUAUGACAUCAGGAGUUGUACUGUGUGAAGGAGUCAAGUGGCUUUCCUUUCACAGUGGCUAUGACUUUGGCUAUCUAAUCAAAAUUCUGACAAACUCUAAUUUACCUGAAGAAGAGCUGGACUUUUUUGAGAUACUGCGAUUGUUUUUCCCCGUCAUCUACGAUGUAAAAUAUCUCAUGAAGAGUUGCAAAAAUCUGAAGAGCUGUAGGUCAGCUUUCCUGCAGGAAGUCUUGUUCCUGUCACCUAACCUGCGGGCUGGUGAUCAGAGGAGGGGAAGGGAUGUAGACUGCCCUGCCCCUCCAGAUUUACCAGCCAUGAAGGGAUGGUGGACUUGGACUGUGCUGAGAGCAGCUGUCUGAAACAAGUUGCUAAACAUUCAGUGUUGUGACUCUAAAAAUGCAUGCGCUGUCACCUAAUGUCUGUCACUUCCAACCGCUAUUAAAUUGCAGUGAAUCGAACUGCUGUGCAGUUGUCCUUUAUUGACUUGUCCGAGUUAUUUUUCAUAUGAAAGUCACUGACUUGCUGUAGGUCCCCCACUCCCUGUCCCCUUGUACCCAGAAAAGAAUUUCUGGCUAUGAGACAAGAGAGAUGCUUGCGGACUGGGGAGCUGUUUGAUACUCUUCUUGUGGAAUUAAGUAGUCUGUGAAUUUACAGUAUGUUGCCCUAACUCAGAUGGGUUUGGGUGUACUUUACUGGCAUGCACAUUGGGAGUUAACUUGAGAUAUUAACAUAGUGUAGGUUAAACUCUUGCUUGUUUUCUAAAAAUCUUUCUAUGUAGACAAUUACAGACCUUUUGACAGUAACAGCAAUUCUCAGUAAUGUAGAUUUAUAGACCUUAUUGGAGACUUGCUUUUAAUAUGGAGGGUCGUACAGAACAAUGGACUCUGGUACCAGUGCUGUGAAACUUGAGAGUUUGAACUGGUUUUGCUGUUGACUGCGGUCGUGUGAUUGUGUAAAUCGUUCUGUGGCCUCUUUCUUGAAAGACCAGUGCUCUGAAAACUUGAAAGAAUUCCUCCUUCUCCCCCAAGAGUUAAAUGUUCUUCUCUGGGGUGCCAAAAUCUUGCCUGAAACAGAAUCUUAGUAGACUAUUAAUUUUCAGAGACAACCAGGUUUUAUUCUGUAAUUAUUGCAGUUAUAGACCAUGAAGUGCCACACAGAAGUGGUGUGUAACAUAUUUACAAAUAGAAAUAUACCAUUAAAAGCGCUAUUUUCAAAGCAUUCUUCUAUAGGCUGCUGCUACUGUAAAUUUUGAAUUACUAAGCCUACAUUCCAGAGCUUGCAGCUGCUGUGUAAAUAUUACUGAUUUUUAUUCUUGAGUGUUUUUUCUUCAAAGUUGUUUGAAGCUAGAGUAGGUGGUCCUGCAGCCAGCAGAACCUGAGGAUGAGGCACUGCUAAUUCGCAGCUUGAGGAAGCAGAGGGUUUAGGAGCAGAAAAUUGUGCCCUGAAAGGGUGCGGGCUUCCCUGCUGUUGUUCACUAACGGCUCGUUAUUGGAAUUAUGAAAGCAGAGAACAUGCUUGUGUCUGAAAUGCACUUUUUCCUCCUACACACCAACCCUCAGAACGCUUUUGAGAGCGUAAGUUAAAUAACUGAGCGUGUCUGUACUCUUCAAAUGCUGUAUCCGAGCACAGAAAGAAAAGAAGCUAGCUUCAGUGCUUAACUGUACAGUGCAUAGAUUUACUCUCAUCUUAAACUUCUGUAAAAUCUAUUCCUGCUGCUCAAGAUGGAAUAAAACUACUGGUACUAGGUUUCCGUGUUGGUUUUAGGUGUUACUUGGGAAUCUUACUACCGAAGCUUCCACUUUUUUAAACAAGAACUUGGGCCCAAACCUGUUGCCAUAAGACUCGCAGGAAUUUUCAUAAUGUUUGAUCUGAUUUUCAGGUCAGACUUUAUUUUUACUGCUCUGUGAGUUUGAACUUUGACUGUUAAUGCUUUUGCCUCUUAUUGCUUCCCUUCCUGUACUUUAAACAGGUUAAGAGUGCAAGGGAAGGGAACCCGGAUACUAGGCAGUCUUUUUUUAAAAGCAUUCAUUGCUUCUCUGCAACGUUUUUGCCUUGCACAGCUUGUGGCAGCACUAAGGAUUUGGGGGUUUCUUGUUUGGUGUUUUUUUUUUUUGAUCUUUCUAGACCUUUAAGAACGUGUUGCAUGUGCUUUAGUCUAUUUUCAGUAGCUUUAUGGCUUAAUGAUUUUAAAAAAAAAAAAGAGUCGGUGUACAAAAUUAUGUGCUCACAGAGUAGCUCACAGAGUAGCUCACAGCAUUAAGAGACUGCAGUUAUAGUAUAAUAUAUCUUUCCUUCAACUCAUCUCUAUUAUCUAUAUAAAACCAAACCAACUUCUGAUGGGUUUGCUUCCACAUGGAGUGGUUAUUACCAUUACUAAAACCAGGCCUAUUUAGUCACUCUGCUUAUUGGGAAGCGAAUUUGCUUCAAAAUUGGAGAAAUUUUCCCUUUAAGAGCAGAUAGAUGUGCAGCUUCGGAGUGAUGUCUAUAGCUUCACAGUCCGUGCUUUUAAACCUUGUAUCACCGUUCAAAGCAGACAAUUACUGUUUGAAAUUGUUCCCUUUUUGUAUGCGAGAUGUUUAUAUGAUCUAAGAAGUAGGUUUCAUUACACAUGUGACUGUUAAAUAUACAUCUCUAACAGAAAAGCUGGCUAUACCAUUGGAUUUGUAGUAUCUUAGAAAGCUAGUUGAAAGAGGAUGGGUUUUUUUACAUGUGGUGGUGUUUUUUCCCCCCUAUCUUACGGCAGGUAAUGGAACAAAGUUUAAAGAGGGGUAGAAUGUCUUGUAGAGAUGGAGUGGGCACUUUCUUCCUUUUUUGACUUUACCACCUGGUUUCUCAAUGCCUGCUGUGUAACAUUUUCCUGGACUCCCUGUAGUGUUCUAGAUACUUAAGGAUACUCGCAGUUUUUGUGAAGGGAAGUGGAAAACCCCUCAACUUAAUUGUUGAAAGGUAAGUGGAAAGAAAAAGGUCUGUUUCAAAGGAAGCCUAGAUACUUUAACACAUGGAGGCACAUGGGCACCUCAUUUGUAAGCACUUGAAUUCUUGUGUUUGUAGAACAAGAUUUUUACCUUUUAAACU